ACAUAUUCUAAGGAAGUCAUUGUGGUAUCUCCCAAUUACACCUAGACUCAAAAGGUUGUACAUGUGUAGAAAAACUGCUGAACACAUGAUAUGGCACCUGACUUGUGGUGGUGUAUUUCAAAAGAUUGUGCAUCCUAUCAGUGCUAAGGCAUGGAAACACUUUGAUCGCACCUACCUCGACUUUGCAUCAGAUCCAAGGAAUGAAAGGCUUGGAUUGUGCACAGAUGGGUUCAGCCAUUUGGACAUGCAUCAGCCCUAUAUUCAUGUUGGCUUGUAUUUUUUACUGUCUACAACCUACCUCCAUCAAUGUGUGUGAAACCGGAGUCCAUCUUUCUUUAUUUGAUAAUACAAGAAUUCCGGAUCUACUCGGCUCUGUUUCUCCCGUCCGUCUGCUGCUCUUGGUGUGGGUGUGAUUUUUCUGGCUUCUGAUUUCUUGAUUUUUCCUUCCAUGCCCGUCGGCCUCGCCCAAACCCGCCAGCUUCGGUUUUCUUGUUGCAAAUUCUGGAAUUGUUGAAGAUACUCCUAAAUCAUUAUGGGAUUGUCCAUCUCGAAGUCCUCCAAGGAAGAAGUUGAUAAAAGCAAGGAAUCAUAUAGUAAUGCCCUAAGACAUUCCAUUUCCUAAAAAAGAAGACAACAUUGUUUGCCAAAUAUGUGAUAUUCCUGGACACUUAGCUACUAUAUGCUUGCAUUGAUAUGCAGUAACUUGUCAACUGUGUCACCAUGAGGGUCAUACUGCAAAAGUUUGCCCAAAUCGUUACUGAUCAAAAAUCAUGUCAAACCCAUCCAAAACACUUGCUGAGUUUUCUGAAACUAUUACAAAGAUUUUAGGUAAUGGUCGUUUGCGUCUAACAUUUUCAAAAAAAUCUUGGGAUGAGG